AAAAUAUAUUUUUUUAGAUUACAAUGAAUGUUUUUAGUUAUUAAUAUUAUGAAAACAGAAUCUUUAUAGAACAAUAAAACUGAACCCCAUCGCGUAGAUCAUCUGCAGUCAUCUUCCACGAUGAACGAGGAUUAUAAGCUGGAGUUUCUGGUUAGUCCUGAAACCAAGAUUAAGUUCCGUCACGGGAUCCAUACUUACAGGUGUCAAGACAACGAACUGCUUAUCGGAAAGAAUGUUUUCUCGACCCAUGAAAUAGUGUUUCCAACUGUAAAACUAAGUUCUAAGGAUGGCUCCUAUAUACCUGAAACACAAGUCAGACUCAGUCUAGUGGAUGUGAGAUCAACGCCUGAUAAUGUAAAGGAGCACUACCAUAAAUUGAUUGAAUGCAAAGAUUGUAAACGUCCCGGAUUAUCAUGGAAUAUUACCAAGGUUCUGCAGUCAGGAUCAAAUAUUGUGACGUUUGAUAAUCUUGGUAUAGUUAGAACCAAGGGACCAGACCAGAUACAGGCUGUAUCAGAACGCCUGCUAGAAAGAAGACGAGAGUGUGGAGACACUGUAUCAGGAACCUGGGAUAUGAAUAGAAUACGAGAUCUUGCAGCAGAUUCAGUUCUAGAGACAAGUGACAAGGAGUUAAGACUGUGUAUAGAAGCGUAUGUAUUUCAAGAAGACGGAAGUAUACUGGAGCUAGCCCGGAUAUUGAGCUCUAUAGUCCAGGAUAUGACGGAUGCUAACGGAUCUAUAACAAUCAGAAAGAGAAAUAUAUGUUCUGAUUCUGUCAGGUUAGGAGACAUGAAUUAAACUGUUUAUUAAUUA